UUCAUCCUUAUCUCGGCGCCGGAGCCCACGACCGCUUCCCCCCCCUCACCAUCUCAACCCCGAAAUAUCCCCCAAUUCCGACGCGACCGCGAAACCCUAGCCCCCCGGCAACCUUCGCUGGACCCGGAGAGCCGCUCCGGCGCCAUGGCAUCCCCGGAAGGAUCAAACUGGGUAUUCGACUGCCCUCUCAUGGACGACCUUGCUGCCGCCGACUUCGCCGCGGCAUCCACAGGAGGCUUCUACUGGACCCCGCCGAUGCAGCCGCAGAUGCACACUCUUGCGCAGGCCGUCUCCGCCACCCCGGCUCCCAAUCCCUGUGCUGAAAUCAAUAGCUCUGUUUCGGUGGACUGGGACCAUGCCAAAGGACAACCGAAAAAUAAACGUCCUAGGUCAGAAACUGGUGCUCAACCUAGCUCCAAAGCAUGCAGGGAGAAAGUGAGAAGGGACAAGCUAAACGAGAGGUUCUUGGAAUUGGGUGCUGUCUUGGAUCCGGGGAAAACACCUAAAAUCGACAAAUGUGCUAUAUUAAAUGAUGCUAUCCGUGCAGUAACUGAAUUGCGUAGUGAGGCAGAGAAGUUGAAGGAUUCAAACGACUCUCUCCAAGAGAAGAUUAGAGAGCUAAAGGCUGAGAAGAAUGAGCUGCGAGAUGAGAAGCAAAAGUUGAAGGCGGAGAAAGAGAGCCUGGAGCAGCAGAUUAAGUUCAUGAAUGCCCGUCAGAGCCUCGUACCACACCCUUCUGUCAUCCCAGCUGCUGCAUUCGCUGCCGCCCAAGGCCAAGCGGCAGGGCACAAGCUGAUGAUGCCUGUAAUGAGCUACCCAGGAUUUCCCAUGUGGCAGUUCAUGCCGCCUUCAGAUGUUGAUACCUCGGAUGACCCCAAGUCAUGCCCUCCGGUUGCAUAGGCCAGCAAGAAUCAUCUCCCUCAUCUAUCUCAUGGGGAAGGAUGGCUAAAAAGCCUUCCGUUAAAGUAUAUCUUACUAGUCGUCAGUGUUACUAUGCAGAAUCCGUUUAGUGUUACUACUAUGUAGUUAAACCAAGAACCGAACUGAAGCUUGUAUCACACGGGGACAUUUGAUUAUCUUGUGACACCGUUGUAUAUUGUUAGUAAAUAAAUACCAUCCGUUGAAGCAAAUGGCGAUUGGACGCCAUAGCAUUA